AUGCGGAUCUAUUACCACAAUGUGCGUGGGCUGCGCACCAAAAUCGACUCAUUUUUCCUAGCAGUUUCUGAAGGAGAUUAUGAUUUAAUUGUGCUUACCGAAACAUGGCUCGAUGACCGUAUCUUCUCAGCGCAACUUUUUGGGAACCGCUACACAGUUUUCCGGAACGACCGAUCUCAUCUGAACAGCCAAAAGACGCGAGGCGGAGGUGUCUUAAUAGCUGUUUCAGUGAAGUUGAGUUGUCGCAUCGAUCCUGCACCUGUUUUCAACACUGUCGAGCAGUUGUGGGUGAUAGUGGAAACGGCAAAUAGCGACAUUAGUAUUGGUGUCGUAUACAUACCCCCUGAUCGAAAGUCCGAUUCUCAGGUGAUUCAACAGCACAUUGACUCGAUAGGCAUGGUACUAUCCCGCUUGCAACUUAAAACUCCUGCUCUACUUUUUGGAGACUACAACCAAUCUGGUUUGCGUUGGUUUAUCUCGGACAAUGGUCACCCUUCAGUGGACACGCUGCAUUCUAAUAUGCCCGCUUAUUGCUGUUCUCUUCUCGAUGGACUCUACUGGCAUGGUCUGACACAAGUCAACAAUAUUUUGAUUGAUAACGAACGUUUGCUGGAUCUUGUAUGGGUAAAUGAUGAAACUUUGCCAAUUUGUUCUGUAUCUGCUGCACACGAGCCGCUGGUCGAGCUUGAAGCUGUUCAUCCUGCUAUCGUUCUCUCGUUAAACCUCUCCUCGACAAUAGUGUACGACGAGCCUUCGGAACUUAGGGCUUUGAAUUUUCGACGUGCUGACUACGCCACACUUACUGCGGCUCUUGCGGAGAUAAACUGGAAUGCUGUAUUGGAACCAUCCAUUAGUAUCGACAAUGCAGUUAAUUCUUUCAGUAGUACGCUGGAAAGUGUGCUCGCCCAAACAGUGCCAUUCUUUGAACCGCCACGAAAGCCACCAUGGUCGAAUCCACGACUACGCACGCUUAGGCGAUUGCGAUCAGCUGCGCUGCGGAAAUAUUGUUGUUAUCGCUCUGCUUAUAACAGAAAUCAGUUCACCACUGCCAGCUGUCAAUAUCGAAACUACAACCGCUAUUUGUAUAAUAGGUAUGUAAGGCGCAUACAAAGCAAUCUUCGCGUACACCCGAAACAAUUCUGGUCAUUUGUGAAUACAAAACGCAAGGAAAGGGGUUUGCCUACUUCUAUGUUCCUGGGCAACAAUGUAGCUAACAAUGAAAAUGAAAAAUGCAACCUGUUUGCCGAGCAAUUUCAGCAAAUUUUUAAUGAAUCGGUGGCGUCCCCCGAACAAGUUCGUGAAGCCAGUAACGUAGUACCACGCGAUAUAUUGACUCUCCGCUGGGCGGCACGAGACGUUGGUCUAUACGCGGCCGGUGGUGACGACGGCCGCGGAAAGCGCGACGACAAGUUCCCUUCCUUCGACAACUGCGAAUCGCGUUUCAUAACCCGGGGUGCAAGUAUUGGUGGUGGCUCCACAUCGAAGCGCGGCCAGGUGCAGAUUCGCGGAGCGAAAUGA